AGACGAGAAUACAUCCAGGGGACUGUGGCCCCUCGCCAGGGUGGUAAAGGUCUACCCAAGUACUGACGGCAGAGUCCGCUCUGCUGACGUGAAGACCGCCAACGGCGUCUACAGGCGCCCCGUAAACAAGCUCUGCCUGCUGGAAGCUCCGAGUAAUGACUAGAGCGGGGUCGUUCGGACAUCUGAGUGUUCCUGGUGCCACGACCGAGUGUUCCUGACGUCACACUUCACGGCUGAGUGUUCCUGACGUCACACUGGGGGGAGUGUUGUGUCACGAAAUGCGAAGCGCCCCCUGCGUUCUGAUCAUGUUUUAUUUGACAUUUUUAUUUGUCCUGCUUUCUAAAAAGGGUACAAUUGGAAAUUGUGAAUCUAUAUUUUUCAGUUACCAGUGUUUAGUUCAAGUUUGAGUAAAUUAGCAAAAUUGUGCAUAUAUUAGAAUCUUGAGCUGGAUGGCGCCUCUCGGCCAGUCGACCAGCCGUCUCUGGCUGCUGCUGCUGCUGCUGCUGUCCGGCCCGGCUGACGGCACCCAGUUCCAGCUGCUGGCCCGAGACCGCCACUUUCCGGCCGCGCCGCUGGCCAGCCUCCCUGCAGGUUCGCCGUUGGCCUGCGCCGCCCGCUGCGCGCGCCGUCCCGACUGCCGACUCUACGAGAUGGCCGUCCACGGAUGCCUGCUCUGGUCCACGGCGCCGGCCGAGACCGAACUGACCGCGGCCCCUGGCCACCGGAUCAUGGCGACGACACAGACACUAACACUCACAACCACCGCACCCGCUACUGCGGGCCCAACCACUACCGCAACCACCCCUGCCGCUGCUGCGGGCUCCACAGCCUCGGCUGACGCUGGCACGGGUCCGUCAAUCACUGAAGCCACCACUGCGGGCCCAACCACUACCACAACAGCCACCGCAAUAGCUUCUGCGGGAUCGACAACCAGUCCAACCAUCAUACCGACUGCUGCCACCGAUCCCACACCAACAUCAGCUACAACCGUCUCCACGCAACCCACAACCUUUACAUCAGACUCUGCAAACGACUUCACAUCCACCACCUCGCCCGCGACAGCCGACCCGCUCAGAUGCCCCGACCUCUUCCAGUUGGUCGGCAUCACAUGUUACCGUGUGGAACAUCUGGGAGCCAACUACACCGCGUCUACCUGGGCUCAGGAUACCGACUUUUGUCAAAACCUUCACCCACCCGCAACGCUGCCCACCUUCGCGAGCGAGGCCGAGUACGUGUUUCUGCGGGAGCUGCGGGAGUACUUCAUGCUGAACAUGGUGCGCGCCAGCGGCGGACGGUUCGUGAUGACCGGCCGGACGGACGACUCGUUCUGGCCGGCGUUCUGGGCGGACGGUGAGCCGGGCUCUCUCGACCACUACGGCUCGCUGUACGACGACGGCCUGCUGCACGCCUUCCCCAAGAGCGCCUCUUUCGGCCGCCGGGUCAUCGUGUGCCAGGUGCUCCUCAACUAGGGCCACCACAAUAACAAGCGAGCUAGGAAGAAAUCAGUUUUCAGCAGUGUCGGCAUCUCUGUUCAGUGUAUUUGAAAAAGAUCCACGUAAAACGAGGCUUUUCACUUUUUCACGUUUAGGUAUCAGUUAAACAGUAUAACCAUGAAAUGACAGUGACCACUACACGCGCCAC